CCGUGCAGCCGCGCACUUUUGUUUCGGUCGUGGACCACAACAGUAUAAUUAAUUUAAAAAAAUGUUGAAUGGAAAGGUGGUGGAGCCUUCCGUACAUUUCUUUGAGGGUGUUGAAAAACUCUUGGAAAUUUGGUUCGAGGAUGGUGGUAAUGACGAUUGUGAUUUAAGGAAAAUACCAAGAGAUGAUUGGGUGACUUUGCUGAAAGCCGUAAAAUGUGAAAUAAUAAGUUUCUCCCAAAAUGAUGCCAUAGAUGCUUAUGUGUUGAGUGAAAGUAGCAUGUUCGUUUCAAAGAAACGUUGGAUUUUGAAAACAUGCGGUUCUACAACAUUGCUUAAAAGUCUUAAACCACUACUGGAACUUGUGCCAAAUUAUGGCUUCCGAGAAAUUACUGAUUUAUUUUAUUCAAGAAAAAAUUUCGCGCGACCAGAAUUACAGGCAUUUCCUCAUCGUGGUUUUUGUGAAGAAGUUGAGUACCUCGAUACGGUUUUCGAAGAAGGUCGAUCCUAUUGUUUAGGCUCAAUUAAUAGAGAGUGUUGGUAUUUGUACACAUUUAGUAAGUAUAAGAAAGAGGUAUCCAGACCACGUAAACUUGACAAUGCAGAACCAGAUCAAACUAUAGAGAUUUUAAUGCAAAACCUUGAUAACGAUGUUAUGGGCAUGUUUUCCAAAGAAAAAUUUAAUACCGGCGCAGAAGUAACGAAGGCUACGGGCAUUGAUAAGUUAUUACCACAGAUGGAAAUAGAUGACUUCCUCUUUGAACCAUGUGGAUAUUCGAUGAAUGGUAUUGCACCCAAAGGCGAAUAUAUGACAAUACAUAUAACACCUGAGAGCAGCUUUUCGUAUGUUAGUUUCGAAAGUAAUGUUUCAAUGAAUAAUUACGCGGAAUUGAUUAACAGAGUCGUGAAAACAUUCAAACCGGGCAAAUUUGUCAUAAAUAUUUUUGCAAAUAAGGCAUCACCUGCUUAUGCAACUAUAAAAGAGUUGGAAGUCGAGUACGCAGAAAAAACUAGUUGGAAACGAUCUAACAUGCAAUAUUGCAGUUUUCCUCUAUACAAUUUAUUAUUCGCGCAAUAUUGUCAAUGCCCAUGAGAGAUGUUUGACUAUAAUUCUACGUAAAGCACUUCUUAGGAAAUCUCAAAUAUGUUUUUAACUACAGGACAUCAGUAAGCUUAUUUCUGUUCAAAUUACAUUAUAGAUAUAUAUAUAUAUACAUAUGUGUGAAAAAAGUAAAUAAAAAUUAGAAUUUUAGUGUAGAACAAAGAA